UACAUCCUCAAUCGAUCCUAACGCCAUGGGAGCCGCACGUGAACGCGCUGAGAAGCUUAUCGCUGAUAACACCGUCAUGAUCUUCAGCAAGAGCUUCUGCCCUUACUGCACCAAGACUAAGCAGACAUUGAAGAAAGAGGGUGUUGACUUCGAGUUGCUAGAGCUGGACCAGGUAUGA